AUGGGAGUGACGGCUCCCGUCACGGAGGAGCCGGCAGCAGUCUUGGGCCGUGACGGCUUGAGCGCGAAAUCCAGGCUCCCUUUUCUCCCCCAACUCAUCUCCGUGCCGUCCUGGGGCAUCCUGGGAAAAUGGGACGCCGUGCCCUAAAGCAUUGUGGGAGUCUGUCAGCUAGUCGUUAUGAGCCUGCUGAAUUCUGGGAUUAUCCUAGCUUCUUGUGGGGAACCGUGCCUUUUGUCAUACACCUUCCGCUGAGCAUCCUGGAAGCUUGGAGUGCUUCGACGAAGAGCGCCUUGGAAGGAUCAUUUUAUGAGAGCAUCCCUCUCUACCUGCUGACAUCCUGCAUCAGAGGACUCGUGGCCGACGUGUGGCUGUGGAAAGCUGGCCAGGGAGGGACACUGCCCAGCUGCUGCUCUGCUCCUGUCUCCUGUCCCCUCCCCUGGCCAUGACAGAAACCCGUGAGCCAGCCGAGACUGGGGGCUACGCCAGCCUGGAGGAAGACGAUGAGGACCUCUCUCCAGGCCCGGAGCAUUCCUCUGACUCCGAAUAUACUCUCUCAGAGCCGGACUCCGAAGAGGAAGAAGAUGAGGAGGAGGAGGAAGAGGAGACCACUGAUGACCCCGAAUAUGACCCUGGCUACAAGGUGAAGCAGCGCCUGGGGGGGGGCCGGGGGGGCCCAUCCCGUCGGGCCCCCCGUGCAGCCCAGCUCCCGGGCCCCCCAGCCCAGCCCUGCCAGCUCUGUGGCCGCUCCGCCCUUGGGGAGGCCCCACCGGGCACCCCACCUUGCCGGCUCUGCUGCCCCGCUACAGCCCCCCAGGAAGCGCCAGCUCCUGAAAGCAGGGCCCUCGGGGAGGAAGAGGAGGAGCCGCCUCGGGCUGGGGAGGGCCGACCAGCUGGGAGGGGGGAGGAGGGGGAGGGGGAGGAGGGGGAGGAGGAGGAGGAGGAGGAGGGCGGCGCCUACCACUGUACCGAGUGCGAGGAUUCCUUUGACAACCUCGGGGAGCUGCACGGGCACUUCAUGCUGCAUGCCCGGGGUGAGGUGUAGGGAGCGCCCAGACCUAGGGAGCUUGGCAGAGGGGUG